AUGGGUAGAAAGCAGCAGCAGUACACCAUGAAUGUUGAGCAGAGUUCGGGGGAGCAGCUAUUAAGAAAUCCGUACUGUUCAACUGAAGGAACACACUGUGGCUGUAGAUCACACCAUGUGACUUGUGAGCUGCAUCCGGUUCCAGAAAACCCAUGUUCACUCUGGAAAAUAUUUCUAAUGUGUCUGUUGGCUUGUCUAGUUGCCACAGCUAUUACAGCUCUGGCCUUUUAUUUUGGCCCCUUUGGCAACCCCAACAAUACCACCAUCGUCAUUCACACAGAUGGAGGGUCCCGUCAGGAUCCCUGCACCUCUGCUCCUACAACGUCUCUGACCUCAACACCUCCACCUGGACCUGAGACCACUCCAUCUUCUACUCUAACUACUUCAGGUUCACCUACCAGCCCAACCACACCUACUACAGUGAUGACUAAUACCACCAUAGAACAUGAAGUUGACAUUGAAUAUGAUGUGGCAGUGUGAAAUCUCAACCCUCAAGCCAGAUCAAUUUCCUCACUGAAAGGGGACAUAGUCAAGAUUCUGAACCCUGCCAUGACCUCUCAAAGUACAUGGCUUUGUUAGAUCCAGUUCUCUACUAAUCUAUGCUGCUUUUCAUGUGGUGAUAGUCUUGUACUGAUUGUAUAAUACCUGAGAUAGAUAGGACGUCAGUAAUUACUACCAUCUUUUAGAAGUUCUCUCAUUCUGAGACUUUUACCAUGUCAGGAACAAUGAAAAAGGACUUAGACUAGGACAUUUGGGUAAGAGUUGGCUAGAUGGUCACUGCCUUCCUCUCUUGCAUGAUAUAGAACUGUUGUUCUACAGAAGAGAACAUUUUUUAUUUUUUCUGAAUUUGUGUCACUCCUUGGCAUGCUGGUCAUGCAAGGAAAAAGCCAGCUAAGGUCAUCAUGUUAGUGCUUAUAAAUUCUUACUUUCCAACUUCUCUCCUUGAGACAGUUAGGCGUGGCAAAGGAGUUUCCUGGAGGGGACAGGGGAUCUAGGUCUACCUAGUGGCCCUGGAUGUCCAGGGACGGUAACAUCAAGUAGAGGACAUGUAUUGUUAGGUAUUAUGAAAGACAGAGGUGCUGUUUGUCUGACCUGUAGCAUUGAGUCUUAGGAGUUUUGUUGAAGUGUUCUCUGCCUGACUUUUUGUUGCUCUCGCUUCCCUAUUUGCAAGUUUCAAUAAACCUUAACUUUUGCAUGCCAUCUCUGAAUGUUAUCUUUGAUGUCUCAGCAACCUAGCCCACUGUCUUAGCAUA